CCAACACGUGACACUGCAGAUACGCUCUCGCCGGUAGUCGAGUGGUGGUCAGCUAGCGAGCUGAGGCCACUCGUAGGCAGUCCCGUGAAUACACGGCGGCGCCGGCCGGCCGGUGAUUUAUUCGCCCCACUAUCUAGAGCUAGGUUCUAGAGAGAGAAUUCUUUACAUCAGGAGAGAUCUAGAGAGAGGGUAGAGGAGAGUUUUAGAGGGGCAGGGAGGGGCCAAGAUAGAGGGGAGGGUGCGCAGGAAGCUGAUGAGGCUCCUGUCGUUCGUGCCCUGCGGCUGCCGUGCUGGACCCAUCGACGACGCGCCGCCUGCGGAUCAGCUCCAGCAGCAGCAGGCUGCCGCCACCAGGGACGGAGGCGCCGCGGCGAGGAGGAGGCGGAGGAGGGCCAGGUCGCUGGGCGGCUCGCCGCAGUGGAGGCCGGCGCUCGGGGACAUCUAUGAGGGCGUUGCGGUGGACGCCGGCAAGGGCGCAGCGGGCGGUGGGCGCGUCGUCCCGGCCAGGCCCGGCGCCAGGGUGCUGCCCCGCGUGCACAGCCGCGAGUACCGGCACAUCGAGACGGCGUCGUCGAUGCCGGCGUUCGCGCCGACGGCUUUCCUGUUCUGAAGGCAUCGGCCGGUUGAAGACGACGACCACGACGAAAAGGAAGCACCAGAACCGGAAAUCUGUAUACAGAUUGCUGUUACUGUCUACGUAUUGCAGAACUAAGGAUCUAUACCGGGAAUAAAUCAGCUCCUUCGCGAGCUGGGUUAGUAC